CGCUUCACGUCUCUCACCACUCUCUCUUCCGCUUCUAUAGGUGGGGAGGGAGGAGACUAGCGUUGUAACUCCCCGUUCGUUGAUCGAGUCCGAUGCUGAGCGCAUCGGGGCUGCUCUACAGCUGGAGAUCUCGCGCCGGCCGGAGCCAGUCCGACCCGGACCCGGGCACCGAUCCGCUGUCCUCCUCUUCCUCAGCCAGCACCGGGGACGCCCAUCCUCGCCACCCCCGCCGUUACCGCAACCGCCGCCGCCGCUUCAUCGGAAGGGAUCCCUCCGGCGGCCUGAUCUUCGGGCCGCAGCUCGAACCCAGGCGUCCCUCCCACAUCCACCACCAGACGGAACAUGAACCAGUUUGGGUCGGUAAUGUAAAUGAUGGUGAAUCUGCUUCGACUGGCAGUAGCAACGCUGGAUCUGCCAGCAGCACAUUGGACAGGUUGAGAUUAACUCGAAAUGACCAACUCCCUGGCGUAGUUUUACAGGCAAGGGCAAGGCUUCAAGAGAGGCUUAGAGGUGUUUCUCUUUUGGAAAGCAGUACGAAUGAGAUUGCCGUAGGUGAUGAACUGAGGCUGAUAGACAUUGGGGAGUUGGAUACAGAGAACCGAAGAGAAUGGUUAACAGCUGAAACAGAUGAAGAUGUGCGAUAUUUCAAUAAGCCUCCUGGACUCAGUUCAGAAGCUUUCUGUAGUCUGCAGCUAGAAGUUUUUCAAGAUAGAGAAGAUGUCAACGAUGUUGCAAGAGCAUUUCUUGAGUGUUCCAUAUGCCUGGAAAAGUUCUUGGAGGGGGAUGAAAUGAUUCGGCUGUCUUGCGGGCACAGGUUUCAUCCUGCUUGCUUAGAGCCAUGGGUGAAGACAUGUGGGGAUUGCCCUUACUGCAGAACUAGAAUUUGAGUUACUAGUUGUCUUAGGAAGAUUCAGAGAUCAUGCCCUACUCAGUUUCUCUCCUUCAGUCGAGGCAAUGGAUGCUUUGCCUACAGUUAUACAGGCAAAAGAAUCAUCCUGUGAUAUCCGUUAAUGUUGUCGAGGAUCUACAGACACCUAAGAACUUGCUAACAGUUCACUGUGUACUGUUUCUUCUGGCAUUGUAGAACAUAAACUUGACCCAAUCGUGGAACGUUUACGAUUUGGAUUCUGCAGGUCUGUUGUGAAGGUUUAUUUUGUCACAGCUCUUUUUUAGAGGACGAUCAAGCCAUGAAAAUAAUUUCUGUGUUUGAAGGGGUAA